CCGUAUUCGACGUGCGAGAGAUCAGUCUGGGUGCCUGACAAUUCUAUGCUGUUUAUUGUGAGGUGCAAAAAUCAAAAGAAUCCCGUUGCUGAGCAGUUUGAUUAUCUCACCACCCACCUUCAACUGAGCAAGGAGCAGAUUGACUCUGUUCAUAUAAUCCAUGUCUUCUAUUUGUGAUGUCUUGGUCAUUUGUCCGAUUCUUGAGACAAGAAAUCAGUUCAAGAAUUCCUUUGUCUUCAUCAUCUACUAAUUUUCUUCCAAAUUGUAGACUUAUUAUAAGAACCAUGGCUACCGGCAGCUCAGAUGUAUCCCACAAGAAUCGAUUAGCCAAUGAGAAGUCACCAUAUCUUUUGCAGCAUGCCAGCAACCCAGUUGAUUGGUAUCCAUGGGGACCAGAGGCAUUUGAGAAAGCCAAGAAAGAGAAUAAACUCAUCUUCCUUUCAGUGGGCUACUCAACCUGUCACUGGUGCCAUGUGAUGGAGCGUGAAACAUUUGAGAGUACAGAGAUUGGUUCGUUGAUGAAUGAACACAUGGUGUGUAUUAAGGUGGACAGAGAAGAACGACCCGAUGUGGACCGAGUUUACAUGACCUUCGUUCAGGCCUCAAGUGGAGGCGGAGGUUGGCCUAUGAGUGUUUGGUUGACCCCUGACCUUAAACCCAUCGUCGGAGGGACAUAUUUCCCACCAGCUGAUCGAUAUGGUCGUCCUGGAUUCGCUACAAUUGUUAAAAGCAUCUACAGUCAGUGGAGCAAGGAUCCUGAGAGGAUGAUGCAACAAGCAGACAAGAUCUUACAAGCUUUACAGAAAGCAACGACCACCAAGGCUUUGUCCGAUGCUGGACCGCUAGCCAUGGCCUCUAGUGUCAGUUUGUGUUAUCGUCAACUAGCCCAGAGCUUUGAACCUCAGUAUGGAGGCUUUGGAGCUGCUCCUAAAUUCCCACAACCAGUGAACUUUAACUUCAUGUUCAGGAUGUACAGCAUUAAACCAGAAAGUAAAGAUAGCAAGGAAGGUCUUGAGAUGUGUUUGAAGACGCUACGGUUCAUGGCUAAGGGUGGAAUGUAUGACCACAUAGCUCAGGGUUUUCAUCGCUACUCAACGGAUGAUUUCUGGCAUGUGCCACACUUUGAAAAGAUGCUUUAUGACCAGGGUCAGCUGGCAGUCAGCUACCUCGAUGCCUACCAGAUUACAAAAGAUGAUUUUUUUGCUGAUGUUGCUCGAAGCAUAUUGCAGUAUGUCUCAAGAGAUCUGAGUAACAAGACCGGCGGGUUCUUCAGCGCUGAAGAUGCUGAUUCUUUGCCUACUGCAGACGCCAAAGACAAAAAGGAAGGAGCUUUCUGCGUUUGGGAGGAAGAUGAAAUAAGAAGCUUGCUGGUUGACAAGAUUGAGGGCAGUGAUAGCGUCACAUUGGCUGAUGUGUUUUGUAAACACUAUGAUGUUAGAAAAGAAGGCAAUGUGAAUUUUGAACAGGAUCCUCACAGAGAACUUCUUCACAAGAAUGUUCUGAUUGUUCGCGGUUCUCUUGGAGUGACUGCAAAAUUCUUCAAGCUAGACGAAACUUCAACAGAGAGGGCGCUGUCCAAGGCUCGGGAGAUUCUGUACAAGGAGAGACUGAAGCGGCCGAAGCCUCAUUUGGAUGACAAAGUACUGACAAGUUGGAAUGGUUUGAUGAUUUCUGGUUUUGCUCGUGGAGGCCAAGUCCUUGGGGAUGCUAGCUACACAGCCCGGGGCAUCCAAGCAGCAACCUUCAUUAAGGAGCAUCUUUAUAACGAUCAGAAAGGAUGCCUUAUAAGGAGCUGUUACACUGAUAAACAAGGGGAGGUCACUCAAAUAUCUGAGCCUAUUGAGGGAUUCGUUGAUGACUAUAGCGACCUCAUACGUGGUCUUCUUGAUCUUUAUGAAACCUGUUACGACCAGUCAUGGCUGGAUUGGGCCAGUUCUCUCCAGUCCAAACAGGAUGAGCUAUUCUGGGAUGCAGAGCAUGGAGGUUAUUUUGGAGCUUCAAGUAAAGAUCCAUCCAUCAAGUUGAGGUUGAAAGAAGAUCAAGAUGGUGCUGAACCAAGUGCCAACUCUGUCUCUGCUCUGAACCUGUUGAGGUUGGCUCAGUUUACAGGCAAUAAGGAGUGGGAGGCAAGAUUCGAUCAGCUUAUCUCCGUCUUUACAGAAAGGCUUUCUAAAAUUCCUGUUGCUCUUCCAGAAAUGGUGUCAGCCCUGGUCUUCAAACAAAGUACUCCUAAACAGAUUAUCAUCCGAGGUCAGCCCGAGGCCGAAGACACUAAGGCUCUCCUUAGAUGCAUUCACUCAAGAUUCUUACCCAACAAAAUCCUCAUCCUGAACGAUGGAAACAAUGCGUCCUUCCUCUCGUCCAAGCUUAGUCUUCUGUCUUCCCUUGCCAUGGUAGAUGGAAAAGCGACUGCUUAUGUCUGUGAGAACUUCCAGUGCCAACUUCCGGUCACGUCGGUGGACGAGCUGGAAAAAGUGCUAUGAGGAGCUUGUGUAGUAACAUGGUGUAGCCAUUUUGUUUUCUGACCCUUCAAAUCUAUUAAACCAAACUGAGGCUGAUGCAUAGAGUUAUGUAUAAGAACUAGAGGGCGCACUGGCGUAUAUACGCGCCCUGGCAUGCGCGCAUGCGGCCAUUUUCUAAUUUGACAAAACAGCAUCGCACAGCGUGCGUUUGUGCGCUCAUUUUGUAAG